AUGCGACAGGUUCUUGUUGCGAAUUUCUGGGCCAAAUGGAAUGGGAGCGACAUGCUGGAGAAGCUGAGAGAUAAACGGCUGAUGUUUGUGGGUGAUUCCUUAAACAGAGGUCAGUGGAUAUCCAUGGUGUGCCUUUUGCAAUCUAUGCUUCCAAGUGGCAAGAAAUCGAUGUCUCCCAAUGCCCCUUUAACCAUUUUUACUGCCGAGGAAUAUAAUGCUACAGUUGAGUUUUACUGGGCACCACUUAUUGUAGAAUCAAAUUCGGAUGAUCCAGUAAACCAUAGAUUAGAUUAUAGGAUAAUCAGGCCAAAUUCACUUUUCAAGCAUGCUUCUCAAUGGAAAAAUGCUGAUAUAUUGGUCUUCAAUUCGUACUUAUGGUGGAGAAGUGGCCCAAAAAUCAAAUUAUUAUGGAAUGCUGAUGAUGAAAUUUGUGAAGAGGCAGAUGGCUUAGAUGCUAUGGCAUUGGCUUUGGAGACAUGGGCAGAUUGGAUUUCUUCCAGCGUCAAUCCAUUGAAGCAGCGAGUAUUCUUUGUUACCAUGUCUCCUACACAUCUUUGGUCUAGAUCAGUCGAAACAUUUAGGGAACUAUGGAAUAGUGCUUUCUCGUCUUUAACUAAUAUUGGAAGAUUAACUAGCUAUGCUUCUGAGGUUCUUGUAUGUAAUAUGGUUUUCUUUUCUGUUAAUCUAGAACCUUUUAAAACGUUUCAUGGUAUGGUCUUGAAAGAUCAAGAAGUGGAUUUGGAGAAGGUGAUUGACAAUAUUGAGAUGCAUGAUGGUCUAUAUCUGGUUAAAAGAAAGUAA